AUGCUCAACCUGGACCUGGCUCGACAGGACAUCGAGAUGCCGCGCUGCGACAUACUUUGGAGUUUCUUGGGGAUGCAGAAUGCGUGCGGUACGCCAGAGAAGCUGCAGCGACUUCUCUGUAGGGCAUGGGACAGCCUCUCGGAUGGCGGCGUCUUUCUAGGAGCGAUCCCGAACGGAACGAAGAUCAUCCGCGACCUGGGCAGCCUCAGCGACCGAAGCCUACCCUUCGCUUUUGAACGCGAGCCCCGACACCGCGAAGACGAACAGUGGUACAAUUUCACGCUGCUGGACGCGUACGAGCAGCUGCCGGAGGCGGUCGUCUCCCCGACCGAGCUUGAAAGACUCGCCGAGCAGAUUGGUUUCCAAGCAAGCUUGAUCUCUUUCGCCGACUACGUAAAGGAGUCGAGUCGAGAUCCUUCGAAGAGACACAUCUACACGAAGAUUUUGGGCAGGGAACAAGAUGCCGAGUGGGCGACACAUCUUGCCAAGUACUACGUAUGCUUUGCGCUCAAGAAGCCUCAUGCUGCCGCAACGGCUCGGCUUGGAAGUUAUGCAAGUCCACAGAGCUGCUGA